AAUUGUUGGAGAAAAUUCGGAUAAAUGAAUAAUAAAAUAAAAAAUAAAUGAACUAAAACUAAUGAAAACAAACAAUUGAAUUGCUAAAAACAUGUAGUAAGUGAUAAAGUGUAAGGAAUUAUAAAAAUUAUAAUGAAAAUAAUUUGAAUAUUCUCAGAAAAGAACUUAAAUUAAAAGCCUGGUCAAAGGAGUCUCAAUAAGAAAAAAAAACGAAAGUGCAAUUGAAGAUAAUCGAUGGUGUGAAAUUAAUGUUUAAAAAUGGAUGCAAACGCUAAUCAACGUAAACGUGGUGGACGUUUGGCAAAAAAUGCAAGUGGCAACGAAUGUAUGUCGCCACCACAAAGUAAUGAACAAAAUGAGGUCAUGGAUGUGUCGGCCGUAGCCAUAUCUCCCACAUUGGAAGAUCACGAAACUACAACUAAUGCUCCCACGUCUGAGUGCAGGCGUAGUUCACGUAAGAAAAUUAUUAAAUUUGAUGUACGUGAUUUAUUAAAUAAAAAUCGUAGAACUCAUAAAAUUCAAAUUGAGGCUAGAAUUGAUUCAAAUGCUCCUACCACUUCUAAAGCUGCCACAGCGGGAGGUCAUGAAUCCGCUAACCCGAAAUCAUCUUCUACUGUUAGAGAAGAUUUAUUAUCGAAACAAAAAACUUUUUUGGAAAAAUCCGCCAUUUUUAGGCGUUACUCUAUAUCACAGGACCACAAACCUCCACCACCACCCUUGCCCAUGCCACCUUUGCUGAGUAAGGGCAAUGACAACAAAGAUGCCGGACAUUCUGGUAACGCCAAUUCCAGACGUUUAAGUCGUACCCAGGAAUUUUUCAGUAAUGUCAUGAUAAAACCCAAACAAACUACUAGUCUUAUUGUGGCACAAAUCGAGAGUAAUACACCCUACUCCUCGGUGGCAGCCAAACGUAAAAAUUUAAAUAAAUCGCUAGAGCUACAAACUAAAGCUAUGACUUCCUCUGAAACUGAGAGUUCACCGGUUGUACAACAAAGGAAAAGAGGAAGACCAGCUAAAUUUAAAACUCAAACUUCUACUGAGGCUGUUGAGCAAGAGAAAAAAAUAACACCAGAAAAAGCUAAAAAUUGGAAAGAAUAUAAAGCCUGUAUGGCCCAACAGUCAGACGGUAACAAGGAAGAGCCGGAUAAUAUUAAAUCUCUACAGCAAGAUGAACAACAAUCUGCUCUGCCAAAAUCGAAACAAGAUAAAAUAACAAAACUUGAAAGUAUGAUGAUAAACUUAGAAGAUACUCAACAGUCGGACAUUUCCAAAUCAGAAGAUGAUGAUGGAAACUUUAGUGGUUUCAAAACCAGCGGAGAUGAUUUAAGCUGUGACUCGCCAGUAUUGGAAAAAGUAGCUUUAAGAAAAGUAAGUGCAGAGGUAAAGGAAUCAGUUGGCAAAAAAGUUGCUAAAACUAAAGAAAAUCAGUCAAUUUCUAAGACGAAAGUAGUAGAUCCAAAUCAAGUUGAUAAACCUAAAGAAAGUUCCCUAAAGGGAGAUGAAGAAAAACAAAUUGAACAAAUCUGUUCUAUAAAAGAUACUGAAAUGGAAACUUCUUCAACUGCUCAAAUAGAAACAAAAUCAAAACAGCAUAAUAAACAAAUCGCAAAACUUUCAUUACUGAAGGAAUCAGAUAAUAAAAUUGUGGAAAUUACUACAAAAACUGAACCAAAAGAAUCAUCAGACAACAAAAUAGUUGAAAUUUCUACAAAAACUGAUACAAAAGAAUCAUCAGAUAAGAAAAUUUAUGAAAUUCCUACAGAAACUAAAACAAAAGAAUCAUCAGACAAGAAAAUUGAAGAAAAUACUGGAACUAUUGAUGUGACAGAUACUGAUUCACCAAAAAAAGAAGAGGUAAUAUGCACCACUGUUAAAACAGUAUUACAGGAUGAUAAAGAUGACAAAGAAAUUAUGCCAUUUAAAAGAAAUACAAGAAGCUCGCCUGAAAUUUUUGAAAAGAAAGAUACAGAAGAAAGAAUUACCAGAAGAAGUCAAACAAAAGUUGAACGAGAGGAAAAUAGGCAAGUUAAAACGGCGGAUAAUGAACAAACUACACCAACAAAAGCUGAUAAACAUGAUAAUACAGAUCAUGAUGAUACUAAGGAACAAACAACAUCUUCUGCAGGUCUUAAAGAAACUGAAAUAACUGAUGAUGGACAUUCUAAACAACCAAUAAGAAAUGUACGUAGACAGUUAAGAAAAGAAGACACUAAAGAUAUUCCAACUACGAGUGCAGUAUCACAGGAUGAUAAAACAAAAGCAAUUGAAACCCAAAUUGAAGAAAAUGUUGAGAAUAUCAUAUUGGAAACAAAUAAGCCAGCUGAGGAAUCUAAAACAAUAACUUGCUUAAAAACACCAACUAAAUUACAUACUGUUGAAGUAGAGCAAUUGAAAACCCCCGAUAUUUUAUCCGAACCAGCACAACAAAUCGUGGAAGAAUGUACAACCCAGUCCAAACUAUCAGCGGCUGAUGUUUUGCUAUUAACAAGCCAAAUGUCUUCUAUUUCACAACACUCCACACCUCCCGAAGAAACAAUGAAAUCUUUUUCACGUACUUCUAGUUCAUCCGAAUCUGAAAAUGCCUCCGAACGCAGUUCUUACUCAUCUGACCCUUCUUCAAGCACAUCAUCCUCAUCAGGACGCUCUUACAAAUCCGGUGAUAAAUUAAGAGUUUCCCUCAAGCGCAUUUCUUUGCCUAAGAGCCCAUCGACCUCCUCACAAACUUCUACUUCCGAAGAGCUUAAUUGUAGUCAAAAUUCGGAUGUAUUUAAAAAGAAACCACCCAUGGGUAAACGUUCUAAAAGAUUACAAAAGAAAUUUGUAGAAAUGUUAGAAGGUAAAGAUGAUUCGGAAAAUAUUGAUGAUUGUUUUCAUAGUAUAACAAGUGAGCAGAAUGAAGAGAAUGUCUCAAACAAGGACGAUGACAAAGAAUUACUACAAACGGAGGAACAAGUUAGUAAUGAGCAAAUUAAUAUUGAAGUUUGUGUUGACAUCUCAAAUGUUGACAUUGAAGAUGAUAAAUCCACUGAAAUUGUCACACAGUCUUUAGUAGACGUAGAGGUUUUAGAAGAGACAAGUGAAAACAUAGAUUUAGUAUCAACUGAGUCGUCAAAUAUCAAAGAAAAAAUUGUUAAAAGAAAAUCUUUAAGAAAUCGCAAAGACAAUAGCAGUGAGGAGAAAGAUGAAGAAGUAGAUAAGCCCAGCACUAAUGAAGUGAAGGAAAAUGUAGAUGAUGUCAAGGAACAAUUAAAAACUAAAAUACAGAAUACAAAACAAAAAGAAACGAUUUCACCGAAGUUAGAAAAACACCAACAAGAAGAAAAUAUAGAAAAAUGUCCGGAAAAAGCCACUGAUUUACAGAAAAUAUCAGAAAGCGACCAAAGCGAAGAGUCAGAUGAAAACAAACCAAAAAGAAGGACAAGAAAUGAUCAAUCCACAAAACAACAACCACAAAGACAACUUAAUAAAAAGCGAACAUCACCGAUUUUACAACAAAAGGUUAAUAAAGAAGAUAAAACAACGCUUCAAGAAGAAAAUAUUACUGAUAAUGUAGAAGGAACAGUAAGCUUGGAAGCUAACGAACAAGAAUUGGAAAAAUACUCUGACAAAGAUAAAUCAAGCAUGCAAAAUAAAUCGAUUGCGGAGUCAAACGAAUCUGAAAGGUUGGACAAACAGGAAAAAUCCCAUACAAUUCCCAGCACUAGAAGCAAAGCUAAAAAAGAAGAAAUCAACGAAAAGGAAACAAUGAUUCAAACAGGAAAAUUUACUGAUAUUGAAGCAAAAGAAGCAAUCUUAAAAGAACUUUCCGCACAAUCCUUAUCGAAACAAACAUCUAAACAGAAGCACGAAUCAAUAUCUGAUGUAAUAGAAAUAGAAACUUCUAAGAGUUCGACAGACAAAAAUAAAUCCCUUAAAGAUUCUCCAAUAAAAAUUGUUAAAGAAAAAUUUAUCACAAGCACUCCAACUAAAAGUAAAACUAAUAAAGAAGAGACUUUUGAAAAAGAAUCAAAUAUUGAAGCUGAAAGUCCAGAGGCAGUUGAUAAAAAAGAAACACAAUCCUCGCCUAAACUAAAAGUUAGUCAGAAAAAUGAAUUUAACGCAGAUGUAAUGAUACCACAAACUUCUAAGAUUCCAGCAGACAAAUCUAAAUCCCCUGAAGAAAUUUUAUAUGCGGCUGAUAAAGGAACAUGUGGCAGUAAAACAGAAAUGUCCAGCAAACUCACAACUAGAAGCAAAACUAAUAAAGUAGAGAUUUCUACAAAAGUAUCAAUGAUUGAAAAAGAUGAAGAUUUCACUAAAUCUGAGUUAAUGCCGGAAAGAUCUUCCGAGGCUGCAAGUGAAAGAAGUACAUCACCUAAAGAAAAGUCAAGCAAGACCAAUGAAGAGAUAAAAAUCUUCUCAACUAGAAGCAAAUCUAUUAAAGAUAGUUCUACAAAGGAACCAAAGAUUCCAGCAGAAAAUGUUAUUGAAGAACCAAAAGAAACAUCAAGCAAGACCGAUGAACAGAUCAAUAUCUUGUCAACUAGAAGCAAAUCUAAUAAAGAACCAAAGAUUCCAGUUGAAAAUCUUAUUAAUGAAAUUGCGACUGACUCGCAAACUGAGUUAAUGGUAGAAAAAUCCACUGAAGUUGUAACAACCAGAAGUAAAUCUCCCAAAGAAAAUUCAACUAAAACUACUGAAGAGUCAUCCGCAUAUACUCAAGAAAAAAAUAGCAAAAUCUUAUCAACCAGAAGCAAAACUAAUAAAGAAGAGAUUUCUACAAGAGAAACAAAGAUGCCAGCAGAAAAAACAACACAAGACGAGUUAAAGACACACAAAUUGUCUAAAACUGCCCGAGACAGAAGUGAAUCUCCUAAAGAAAACACAACUAAGAUCGAUGAAGAGAACAAAAUCUUGUCAACUAGAAGCAAAACUAACAAAGCAGAAAUGUCUACAAAUGAAACAAAGAUUCAAAUAGAAAAUCUUAUUGAAAAACCAAUAGAAGAUGAAGAUAAUUCAAAGAGUGUUUUAAAAUCUGAUUUAAUGACAGAAACUACAAGAGACAGAAGUAAAUCUCCUAAAGAAAGCACAACUAAGACCGAUGAUGACACCAAAAUCGUGUCAACUAGAAGCAAAACUAAAUCAAAUAUUAAUGAAAAAUCAACACAAGGUGAAGAAGUUUUGAAAUCUGAUUUAAUCCUAGAAACUACAAGAGAUAGAAGUAAAUCUCCUAAAGAAAAAUCCAGCAAGGUCGAUGAAGAGCCGAAAAUCUUGUCAACUAGAAGCAAAACUAAUAAAGAAGACAUUUCUACAAAAGAAACAAAGAUUGAAGUAGAAAAGACAGUACAAGAGGACUUAAUAAAAGAAAAGUCUUCUGAGACCUCACCAAAAAGAAGUAAAUCUCCUAAAGAAACCUCAACUAAGAACGAUGAAGAGACUAAAAUCUUCGCAACUAGAAGCAAAACUAUUAAGGAAGAUAUUUCCACAAAAGAAUCAAAGAUGCAAGCAGACAUUCUUAUUGGCAAACCAACAUCAGAUGAAAUUAAGGCCGAGACGGUUUCAAAAACAGAGUUGAUCGAAGGAAAUUCUUCUGACGCUACAACAGAGAGAAGUAAAUCUCCUAAAGAAAAAUUAACUGCGACUAGUGAAGAAAAAUCUACAAAAAUUGCAUCACCAAGAAGAAAAAAUAAUAAAAAAGAUACAGCUGCUAUAGAAACCAAUAUGCCUGAGAAACCUGCGGAUAAACUCACAACGAUAAGCUUAGUUGGCAAAGAACUAGAAAACGCCAACAAAUCAAAGAAUAAAUCUAUGUCGGUUGCUAAUAAAUCAACAACAUGUGUCGAAGAAUCGGCAGAGAUUACUGCUGAAAAAGAGAUAUCAGAGCACAAAUGUGAUCAAAUCACUUCAACUAGAAGUAAAACUAAUAAAGAAGAAACGUCUCCAAUCACCCCUACAAGAAGUAGAACUAAAAAAGCAAACAUUUUAGUGGAUGAACAUAUAGAAUCACCUAAACCUGCAGCAAAAAUCUGUACGCCCACCACUUCCACAACAUUGAUUCCUGCUGAGCAAGCAGAUUCCACGAAAACUUCACUGCCAGCUGCUAGUCAAGAAAAGCCUACAACUCUUAACAAGGACACAAACAUCUCCCCAAAAAAAGUUAUUUCCAACCUGCAUGCAGAAGCUUCUAAAUUUUGCCAAAUUGAAAAUGUUGAAAAAUAUGAAAUCGUAACAAGAGCAUCUUCAAAAUCACCACCUUGCUCUAAAGUUACUCUCGACAUAGACACCACCCCUUCUUCAGCUAAAAGAAAAUCUUUAAGAAAUCAAAAAGAUAUAAAUUCCCCAGAGGACUUAAUAGAAUCAACAAGUGACACCGUAAAACUGUUGGAAGAAAGCUCUCCUGCUAAUUUACAGCAAGUUGAAACAUUGCCAAGUGAGGAGCAACAAGUUGAAGAAAAACUUAAAGCCACUAAACGCAAGGGCAGAAAGUCACGCUUUAAAAAUCUUCACAGUUCUGAAGUUGAGUCCGAAACAGAGAGCAGUAAUGGAAAAAACACACCAAUAGAGGAAAUUAUGCAACGAAAACUAAAAGAAACACCAAAUUCGACAGGAAAAGAAAUAGAGACACAAGAUAAAACAAACAUUUAUCAAACUACAAAGGUACAACCAGAUAUAACACAACAAAUUAAGGAAACUGAUCAGGGUUUGGAACUAAAAGCAAAUGAAGAUGUUCAACAAAUUAAGGAAACUGAAUUAAAAGAAGACAACCAGGCUACAGAUGAUGUUUCUAUUGUUAAGGAUACCUCAGCUAAUCUUUUAAGCUCUCAAAUACAAAAUGUCAGCAUUGAAACGAAUACUUUAUUAGAUAUUUUACGUAGAGUGCAAUCAAAUACGGAAGCUGCCUUAAAAGCAAGCAAAUCUCCCUUAACUAUAAGCAAAACAGAGAAUGACAACACAAGCGAGAGCUUAAAUAAAGUGGACAUUGAGGAGAGUGUUAAAAACCCACUUGAGUCAAACAUAAGUGAAACAAACAUUCAGGAGUGUGCACAAAAAUCACAAGAUUUGUUAAAAAUUCCACAAGAAUUAAAAAGUUGCUCUCCCACACGUUCCGAUACUGAGUCUCCAUUAUCCCUUAAAAAAAUGCAUUUAUCUCCGGCACGUUCCGAUACCUCCUCUCCCUCAACUCUUAAAAAGAUCCAACAAUCGCCCACACGUUCUGAUUCUUCAUCACCCUUGACUCUAAAGAAAGUGACGAGACGUUAUGAAAGACGCAGUCGUCGUGGUGAAGAUUCUGCCAACAAAACUUUAGAGGAAACGUUUGCGGAAAUUGCAGAACAAAGUACAAAAGCAGUAUUAGCCGCUAAAGAAUUUGACUUAAAUGAAGAGCAAACUGCAAAUGAAAAUUCACUACAGGAAAUCACAGAUAUAAACACUAUAGCAACUACUGAAAAUGAGCAAAUUGUGGAGAUUUUCACAAAAAUCGAUAAAUCUUCAGAUGAUCAACAAGAAGUGCAAUUAAAUGUUGAAGAAAAAGUUGAUACACUGGAAGAGACUUUGCCAAAUGUUUUACAGUUGCCAGAAUUUAUAGAAAAUAUUCCAAAUGUUAUUGAUCAUGUAGAAAUUGAGAUUAAAACAAGUGAAAACGCAGUUGAGUUACAAGAAACUACUAAAGUCAUAACGACACCAGCUAGAAGAGGUCGUAAACCAAAAAAUCGUUCUUUGGAAGCCCCUCCAGCAAAAGAAGAUACUGAAGUAAAAAAUCCAACAAAGACUCAAAUGGAAAUUAAAGAAGUAAUUGAGCAGAAACUAAUUGAGACAGCAGACCAGAAGAAACUCGAGGAGACUCCUUCUGAAGUUAUAAUACAAAAACCGGAACUAAAUAAUGAAAAUAAAAUAAGUAAAUCAAAAAAAUCCAAGCCAAAUUCUAGCAUAACAACUACUGAAACAGCUUGCAUAACAACUCCUGAUGAAUUGCCAGAAAGCCUUAAUAAGAGUUCACCUUUAGAAACUAAUCCCACAGAAACCUCUGUGGUAUCACCGACACCCAUGGAAUGUUCGUUGAAACCAAUAGAUGAUACAAAUGAAACUAAAGCCAGCGGCAAAAAGUCUAUCAAGAAGCGUGAUACAAGCAAAGGCUUGGCAGAAACAGUAACAGAAGAUACUGCACUUUUGGAUGCCAUUACUAGUAAAGAAAAAGAAGAAGAAGUACGAACUCCCAAACAAGCAGCAAAAAAACGCGAUACCUCACUAACUAAAAGUGAAACAAAAUCGGUGGGAAAAAAGUUACCCAAGAAAACUAAAAAUGAGGAAGAGGAUGAUACAUUAACAAAAACUACCCCUAGCGUCGUCACGACUACUCCACCGCCCUCUAAAAGAGGCCGGAAACCUAAAAACCAACAACAAGAAACUCCACAAACCACCACUAGUUCCAAAAAGAAGAACAAAAAAGAAACCGCCACUGAUCAUAUUGAAUAUGGUAACGAGGAAAAAAGAAAAGCUGCCGAUUCGGAAACGGACUCUCUAAAUUCUUCUUUAGAUAGAUCAUUGGAUGAGAAAUUGGCCAAAAAGAAACGUCAAAAGAAACUAAAAGAAGCCUUUGAAGCUGCUCUAACAGAUGAUAUAGAGAAAGCAAAAGAAGCCUUAAAGACCGAAAUCUCUAGCUCCUCAACUGCCAGCCACUUUGGUUUAACAUUGCUUAACAAUUCACCUACACCUGAAAGAAGACCAUCGACGGAUAUAGCACAUGAAUCCCUUAAAAUAACUUGCAUUACGCCCGUGGAAGCCGAAGAAGAUCCUGAUCCCUUAAAGGACAUUGAAAAGUUUAUAGCAGAUGGUGUUAAUCUCUUGAAAAAAGAUUAUAAACUAGAUGAAGAUAGUGUAGAUGAUGUCAUAGCAACCAGCACUCCUUCUAAAACCAACGAAAUAUUACAGGAUUCUAUAAAAUCAACCAACGAGGAAAUUAAACCGAUUUUCAAUACUUUUGAAACACCCGCUGAUACACCACUAAAUACGCCCAGUGUUACACCACCUCCCAAAAGUCCCACAUCCAUAGAAUCCACCACACCCGAUGAAAAUUCUGGUGUUCGAAGAUCUCAUCGUAUUAAACUUAUAACCAAAACUCCCAAAGCUUUAGUAGGCAGAGGUUUGGUUAAGGACAAAGAACGUUUUUCCAUAAAAGAUGACGUGGAAACCAAGAGCCACUACACCCUAGAUGAUCAUCUUACAGACUUGGCUGAGGUGGAAGCGAAAAAUGCGAAAUUUCUUAAGGAAAUGGAAGAACGACUAAGUAAUUUCCAGGUCAUUAAAGAAAAUGAGUAUUGGUGUGAGCGUGUCAUUAGCAGAGAGGCCCGAAAAAUGAUUUGUGAUUGUUUCCUGACACACGAAGAAGAAGAACGUGGUGAACUGGGCUGUGGUGAGGACUGUCUUAAUCGUUUGCUGAUGAUAGAAUGCGGCAGCGAAUGUAAUGUUAAGGAGCGUUGCACCAACAAACGCUUUCAGAAAUUGUUGUGUUCCCCUUGUCGGGUCUUUCGUACCGAGAAAAAGGGUUUUGGCAUAAUGGCCGAUAUAGAAAUUUUGCCGGGAGAAUUUAUAUUGGAAUAUGUGGGCGAGGUAAUAGACACCGAUGAGUUUGAAAAACGUCGUGUUUUGUACUCACAAGACAAAAACCGACAUUACUACUUUAUGGCUCUGAGAAGUGAUGCCAUUAUUGAUGCCACCAUUAAAGGCAACAUAUCGCGUUUUAUUAAUCACUCUUGCGAUCCAAAUGCUGAAACGCAAAAAUGGACUGUAAAUGGAGAAUUAAGAAUUGGUUUCUUUAGCCGCAAAUCCAUAAUGCCAGGCGAGGAAAUAACGUUUAACUACCAGUAUCAAAGAUAUGGAAGAGAGGCCCAGCGCUGUUACUGUGAAUCGGCGAAUUGUACCGGUUGGAUAGGUCAAGAACCCACCUCCGAUGAAGGCGAACAAUUGGAUGACGACGAUGAGUAUGAGUCAGAAGAUGAAGAGGAGGCUGAUACCUCAAAUCUUCUCGUGCAAGAUGAUGAUGAAGACAGUGAUGCCAGUGUGGCUGAUCCGGAAGAAGUGCAAAAACAAUUAGAAAUGGCUGCCGCCCAAGCAGAAGUCGAAUUGGCCCCCUUGCAGCUGUUAGAAGAGAAGGCUGAACAAGAAGAGUCUACACCAAAAGAAGGAGAACCCUCUCUUGAUGCCAAUAAAUCCGAAAGCGAAGAAGAUUCAAAGAGUAAAUUCAAAAAACUACUCUCGAAAAUGGCCGAAAAAGUAGCCGCCAAACAAAAGCAAUCCAAGCGCGAACAAAAGCUGCAGCGUAAAAAGAAAUCCAAGGAAUCCUCUUCAGAUUUAACCAAUAAAUUAAGAUUUUUGGAAGAUCCUGAUAUUGAAGAUGAGGUGGAAUUUUUGAAAGAAUGUGGCCUUAAAAAUCAGUCAGAUACUUUACGUCUAUCACGUUUAAUGGUGAGAGCUAAGUUGGUACAAACACGACUCAAUCUGCUGGAGAUAUUACGCCAAGGUGAUUUGCCCUGUAGACGUCUGUUUCUCGAUUAUCACGGUUUGCGUUUGGUACAUGGUUGGAUGAGUGAAGAUGCUGGUAACAUGCAAAUACGUCUGGCCCUGCUUCAAACAUUGGACACCUUGCCCAUAGCCAACAAAACGGUAUUAACCGAUAGUAAGGUAAUGCAAAUGGUACGUAACUGGUGUGGCCACAACACAAACCUGUCACCAAGUGAAGAUUCCUCCAGUAGCAAUAGUAACUCUCAAGAUGUACCCGUACCAACACCACCAACGAACUUUGAAGAGGGCUCGGAUUUAGGGGAAUUGCAAAAAUUAGCAUUAAAGCUAAUCACCACUUGGGAGGGCCUGCCCGAAAUAUUCCGCAUACCCAAAAAGGAACGAAUAGAACAGAUGAAAGAGCAUGAACGUGAAGCCGACAGACAAUAUGCAGCCAACGCUGAGACACAAGAAAAUAUUGCAGAUACCGAUCACUAUCGCCGAGAUCGUUUUGGGCGUAGUUUUAAUAAAACCAUUAAUACGGCAGCUUCAAGCUCAUCGAAUCGCUUUGUUAAGCCCAACAACGGCAAUCACCUCAGAACUAGCAAAACCACACCGAAAAAUGAUAAAAACCUCUCUAAAGCUCAGAGACGCGAAAUGUUUGCCGCCAAAGUGGCCAGAGAUGAGGCCGAAAAACGUUUGUCCGAGGAACGUCGUGAGUUCGAAACCAAAUGCCGCUUCUUUGGUUUGGAUCCCAAAAAGACCCGUCAGCAAGACAUACCCUUCUGUGUUAAUCCCGCAACGGGUCAAUGGUUUUCCAUUGAGCGCAAACCUAUAACCACUCCCCCAAGUUAUGCGCAUGUCCAAGUGCCCGUAAAGCACAAAUCCACCGAUCCCAAUGAUUAUCAAUUACCAGCCGUAUGCAGCAGCUUGCCACCUCAAUGGAAGUAUGCCAUAACACCGCAGGGUAAGAUCUACUAUUAUCAUGUUAAACAUCGCAUUCCUCAAUGGGAGCCACCGUCUGCCGCCCAGCUGCAGCAAUGCGAAAUUGAGGCCAGGGAAGACGAUUCUGAAAGUGAACUUAUUAAUACGGCCGGCGAAGAUAGCAGUGAUGAUGACGAAGAAGUACUUAUUGGCAUGGAUGCGGCUCAACUAAAGGCCUACAUUGAUCGUAAAGUUGAGGUGCGACGUCAGAAACGUUAUCAACGUUUGGUCGAUGAGCGGUGUAUAAGUCCCCGCCGUGAAGAAGAUCGUAUUUACAAUCAAAUAGAGGUGCGAAAAUAUAAAGAAAAUAAGGAAAAAAUACGCAAACGCAAAGAGGAAAUACGACGCAAACGAGCAGAAGCUCUACGGCAAACAUCACUCAAUAUGUGUACGUUGGGCAGUAUAACCGAUACAAGUGCAAAUCCAGGUACCAAUAAACUGACAACUGAAAGCGACGAAGAAUCGGGAGUAUUACCCAUACAAGACUAUCUACUGUCCUCCGAUGAAGAUGUAGAUCUUAAGGCAGAAGUCAAUAGUCCAUUGAUUGAUAAAAUAGUAGAGGGAGAUAAAAUUGUCGAUGAACUGGAUGCUUUGACAACCAAACGGAAAUUGAAAAGACCACUGCCGCCGCAUCGUGAUCUAAACGAGCCAUCAACAUCUUCUUCUUCACCAGCAACAACUUCAGCUCUUAGCGUACUCAUUGCCAGACAAGAAUACAAAAAACGAAAAUUGGAAAAGAAAGAAAAAAGAAAACCCAAAGAACAAGAUGCUAAAUAUCGUAAGAAUAAAGAGAAAUUCCGCUGUGAAAUUGCGGGUAUUAUUGUGCAUCAUUUAAAACCAUAUCGUAAGGACACCUGUACAGUGGGACGUAUACAAUCAAAUGAAGAUUUUAAUCAUUUGGCACGCAAGUUAACCCACUUUGUUAUGAUUAAGGAAUUAAAAUACUGUGAAUCGGUGGGUCAAACGUUGGUUGUCACCGAGUCCGUUAAAAGUAAAUCACGUGAAUUUAUUAAGAAAUACAUGGCCAAAUAUGGUGAUGUGUAUGUUAAACCAUCUAACGAUCCCGAUUUUAAAGAUAUACCUUUUACAUUGUAAAUUUAUUUAUUUAUCAUUUUAGAUUAAGAUAAUCUAUUUCGCAUAAUAAUAGUAAACUAGCGUUUAAUGAAUACAUAUUCAAAUUUGUUUAAAAUUUCUCAAACAUUUUAAAAAUUUCUUUAGAACUUUUAAUAAAUAUGAAAGUAAAAAAUAUGCGAA